GGACAGGGAGCGUGGGCAGCUCACAAGUGGGGUGCUGGGGUGGGGGGCUCGGGGCUGGGCUUCUCUCAGCCGGUGGGGUGAGCAAAACCUCACGCUGCCCGCUCGCACGGUGAGGCACCUCUCUCCCAGGUGAGGCAGCCAUCUGUUAAAAACCGAGGGAGGACGGAGGCAGCGCUCAGAGGCUGCUGCGAUUGCGGAUCAGCCGCAGGUAGAGCUGGGGAGAGCCCUUGCUGGCAGCCAGGUGUGUCCUCGUCCUUGCCAGUAUGGAGUCUCGCUGCCAGCUUUGGCCAUGGGCAUUAUUUGUCCUGCUGGCCUCCCUGCGGCUGCUGGGCGCGCAGCACGACUGCUCCCGAGGUGCCUGCUACCCCCCCAGGGCGGACCUCCUGCUGGGACGAGUCCAGCACCUCCGAGCCUCUUCCACCUGCGGCCUCACCAAGCCCGAGACGUACUGCACGCCCCACGGAGAGUGGAACAUGAGAUGCUGCAGGUGUGACUCCCGGCUGCCGCACUCCCACAACGGGCACCGCAUCGCAAACGUGCUGUCCUCCGCCGGGCGCGCGCGCUGGUGGCAGUCCCAGAGCGGCAUAGAGCGCGUCUAUUUGCAGCUGGAUCUGGAUGAGAAGUUCCAGCUCGACGGCAUCGUGCUUGACUUCAGGUCGCCGCUGCCCACUGCGAUGCUGAUCGAGCGCUCCACCGACUUCGGCAAGACCUGGGAGGUGUACCAGUACCUGGCCUCCGACUGUGCCACCGCCUUCCCCCACGUCCCCCGGGUCCCCGAGAGCUGGGGGGACGCUCGGUGCCAGGUGCUGCAGGCCCAGCACAGGUACCCUGCGCACGGGGGCAAGGUGAAAUUCAGUGUCCAAGAUCUGGCAUCGACCAUUACUACCUCGUACAGCCAGGCUGUCAGCAGGCUGGGGCAAUUCACCAACCUCAGAAUCAACUUCACCCAGCUCCCGCACGUCCUGCGCCAGGGCUACCACUCGCCCAGCACCUUCUACGCUGUGACAGAAAUGCAGGUGCUGGGAAGCUGCUUCUGCAAUGGCCACGCCGACCGCUGCGCCCCGUCAGGAGACCCCCACACCAUGCAGGUCCACGGACGCUGCGAGUGCCAGCACAACACCGCCGGCCCCCACUGCGAGCGCUGCGCUGCCCUCUACAACGCCCGCCCGUGGGCCCCCGCGGAGGACAACGACCCCCACGAGUGCCAGCGGUGCAACUGCAACGGCCACUCAACCUCAUGCCACUUCGACCCGGAGGUUUUCCGCAGCAGUGGCGGGGUGAGCGGGGGCGUCUGUGACAACUGCCAGCACAACACGGCGGGGAACAACUGCGAGCGCUGCCAAACGAACUAUUUCCGCAACCAGCGGCAAGAUCUCACCCAUCCUGAAGCCUGUCUGCCCUGCGAGUGCGACCCUGAUGGCACAGUGCCGGGCUCCAUCUGCGACCCGCUCACGGGGCGCUGCGUCUGCAAGGAGAACGUGCAGGGCGAGCGCUGCCACCUCUGCAAGCCGGGCUUCGCCCAGCUGGCCCAUGCCAACCCCAUGGGCUGCCGCAGAUGCUCCUGCAACGUGCUGGGAACGCGGCAGGACAUGCCCUGUGACGACGAGACGGGGCAGUGCUCCUGCCUGCCCAACGUGGUGGGCGCCGAAUGCGACCAGUGCGCGGCCGGGCACUGGGACAUGGCGAGCGGCCGGGGCUGCCGGCCCUGCGACUGCCACCCCGGCGGCUCCCUCAGCACCCACUGCAACCAGUUCACAGGACAGUGCUCGUGCAGAGAAGGCUUCGCGGGGCGGACGUGCUCUGCCGCACAGCAGGAGCAGGCCUGCCCUGACAGGCACUAUGGAAACGCCAGGGUAGGGUGCACAGAGUGCAACUGCGACUUCCAGGGCACGGAGGGCGCGGGGUGUGACAAAUCCACGGGUCACUGCCUCUGCCGCCCAGGCGUCACCGGCCCCCGCUGCGACCAGUGCCAGCGCGACCACUGCAGCACCUACCCCAGCUGCGAGCCCUGCCACCCCUGCUUCCACGCCUACGACGGUGACAUCCAGCGCCUGCGCCUGCGCCUGCACCAGUCUGUCCUGAGCAACUCCAGCGUGCUGCUGCCCGGGGGCACUGGGGGCUCCCGCCUGGGCCCCCGCCUCGCGCAGGCGGAGGGCACAGCGCAGCAGGCGCAGGGCAUCCUCGGCCGCUCCUCUGGCACCGAGCAGGGCCUGGCCCAGGUGGGCAGCGCACUCGCUGCCAUCAGAGAGCAAAUGCAAGGCAUCAACCCCAACUUUCAGUUGCUGGAUGUGACUGCCUCUCUAUCAAGCGAGCUCAAAGCCCUCAACAGCAGCCUGGUUAUUAUUAACAACCAGUACCAGAGCAAGAAGACCCAGUUUGAAACCAGCCGUGGCACAGAUCUGUCAGGAGCCUUCCAGACGAUCAGGUCUGCUUACCAGACAUCUGCCAAUGCCAGCGGCCUCGUCGCUGGCGCUGCCGCGCUGCUGGCCCGCUCCAGGGAGAACCGCAGGAACGUCGCAGCGCUGGAGGGGGCAGCUGGCGCACAAAGCACCAAGCUGCUGGCUCUCAGGGCCGAGGUGGCCUCGUCCCCCAACCUCACCCCUGCAGCGAACAAGAUCUGCGGCGGCUUCCGCGUGGAGAAGUGCACUCCUGCCCAGUGCCAGGGGCUGCUCUGCCCGCGAGACAACGGCACAGCCUGCGGGGCCGGCCUCUCCUGCCGCGGUGCCUUCCCGCGGUCCGCCGCGGCCCUCGGCACGGCCACCAAGGCCUCCAGGGAGCUGGGCAGCCUGAGCGCGCGUCUGCGGGAUACGGCGCAGCUGAUUAAAACAACGGAGACAUCUGCUAAUCAGAUUCAGAGCAAUGUCCGGCGGCUGGUGGAGCAGAUGAGCGUAACAAGAACCCAGAUUGAGGGAGAUGUGCGGCGCAUCCAGCAGUUCAUCCAGCAAGUGCGAAACUUCUUGUCAGACAAAGACACGGACCCUGCUACAAUCCAGGAAAUCAGUGAGUUUGUUCUCUCACUGCGUCUCCCCACGGAUGCUGCUGCAGUCCUGAGAAAAAUGACCGAGAUCCAAAAUUUGGCUAGUAAACUGCAGUGCCCAGAGAGCAUCCUGGCCCAGACAGCCGAGGACAUUGCGAAGGCCAAGCGGCUUCAGCAGGAGGCAGAACAAGCCAGGAACCGGGCAAAUGCUGUGGAGGGCAAUGUGGAAGAGGUGGUUGAGUAUCUGAAACAAGCAAACACGGUGCUGCUGGAGGCACAGAGGGAUAUCAGGGGCUCCAGUUCCUUGCUCCGGUUCAUCCAAGAGCGCGUUGAGGAGAUCGAGGCCGUUCUUGGCCCAGCCGAGAGGAACGCGCAGGCCGUGGCAGAGGAGCUGGCGGCGCUGAGGGAAGGGCUGCGGCAGCUGCAGCAGGCAGCGGGGCAGAACCGCCUGCGGGCCAGUGACGCGCAGCAGGUGGCGGCGGCAGCGGGCGAGAAGGCCGGCAGGGCACAGCAGUCCUUGCAACAGGUGAAACAAAUGUAUGCUGAGCUGAAGAGUAGGAUGGAGCAGAGCCCAGCGCUAGGAGGGCAAGGCAGCCGGGUGCAGAGCAUAGGCCAGGAGGCAAAAGAUCUCUUGGAGGAAACUUCAGCAAUGAUGCUUAGGAUGGCAGCUUUAGAGACAGAAAUUCAGGAAAGCAACAGAGCCUUGCUGUCCAAGUCAGCCAGGCUGUCAGGCCUGCAGGAGCGGGUGGGCAGGAUUUGGGAUGCCAUCAGCAAGCGAGUCGCCUACUACGACAGCUGCUCCUGAGCGAGGUGGUGCCUUCCUCCGCUGCACACACUGACUGGAGUAUUUACUCCCAUUUUCCGGCUGCAGUUCUCAUGUUCCUAACGUCUGCGUAUUUAGCAAAUGGAAUUUCUGUCCCUUUGGAGAGGAGCUGCAGUGAAACCAUGGAGAGGUUCACGUUGGACUGACUGGCUGAAGCUGCUUGGGCUCAGAGGAAAGGGGCAGAGACAUUGAUCAUUAAUGGCAAAUAAUGAACAUGUCUCCAAUGUUGUUAUUUCCAGAAGGGUUUAUAACCACCUCCUCCAACCCCUCCCCUCUCUCCCCCCAAUUCUUUUUCAUGUUUUAGCCAAUUCAAGCUCUUGUAGCUGGAUUUCGCUGUUCAAAUUAAAACCCUUGUUUGGGGCUUUUCACACUGCAGUUAAUCUUCACAACUUGCCAUGGCUUCAGUACUUCCCUCCUAGCUCUUUCUUCAAAGAACCAGGUCACAGAAAUGGAGAAUUUUAUCUCCAUUGUAUCUGUACAACAUACCUAUAUUUCUACUAUGAAGAGAAACACGAUCUCAUAUUCAGAUGCGAAGUCAAAUAUCUCGUUUGACUUUCUGCCACAAUCUGCUUAUUUACCGUGUUACAUUUUGCCAGAAAGUACCAGAGGGAGCAGGUCUGCAGCUGCAUGGGGAACGUUUUAGAAGGGACUUAAUAGACCGUUACCACAUCAAAUUUCUAUGAAUAACCAACAGGCACUUUACAAAACAAAAGUCAGCUUUAUUAAGCAAGUAUUUAUUGUGCAAUUAUGGACUUGGAAGCAGGGAAUUUAGACCUCGCUGUGAUUAUUAUCAGACAUAUGGAGGUUGCUAGCAGGUUGUCUCCUUUUGUAGCUGAAGUGAGAACUGCACAGCCUGGGCAGCUGCUUGUCACUGAGCUGCAGAGAGCUGAAGCCUGGGAGGAACUGAAAUCCGACAAAGGGGUAGGGUGCAUGUUGUAAAAAUAACUGAGCUGCCACUGAAUAAAACUCUGCAUGGCUUUGGUUUAUAGGAUUUAUGCUGUGCUGUGCAGUGCACUUAUGCAUUGGACAACUAAACAGUAUACAGAAAACAAAAGCUUUACAGCAUCGAGCAAUGUAGUAUGGAUAAUAUACACUGAAUAUGCUAGCAGCAGCCUCAGACUUUCCCUUGCUAAAGUGCCUUGUCCCAGCUUUAACGAUCCAGAAACACGCCGAGGUCACUGCACUGAUGGAUUCCCAGGACUAAUGUGCCGCUCGUCACCCGUUGGUCGCUGCUCUCCGAGAUGCUGCUGCCCGUCCGCUGCUGGCGGGACGCAGCCUCCUUUCUUCUUGCUUGCACUGCUGAUGUCUGGCUUUGAAGUGCAGAAAAGAGUAAAACAGCCCUUCUGUUUCUGCAAGAGAGAGAAUUUCAAUUGGGGAUUGAACUUUGUUUCAUUAAACUGCUGCCUUCACAAUGUGCUCUGUUAAUAAGCAGCAGCACAGGGGUUAGGAACAGCUUAGAUCCUUUUGUAUGCUGCAUUUAUAAAGGGCUAUUACAUGACUGAUCAUCGGAAUUGACCUGUUUGGAAUCUGUAGUAGAUCUUACUUGCAUUUGUCUCAUCUAUUGAUCCUUUGUACAUUACAGUUCUGUCCGUAUAAUCUCAUCAGUAGAGAGGGUUAUAAAAGACGAUAGGACGUAGAUCUCUUGAUGCAGUUUUCAUGGAGAAUUAUGCUAGCAUACGCUCACCUUUUGAGGACCAUUUUUUUCUCCCAGAAUCUAAUAGCAAUAGGCCUUACUGCUUGUAUACAACGUGGGGCAAAUAUUUAAUUCUGGACUAGCUAAGAAGUUAUCUGAGCUACAGUCAGACCAGAGGAAACUUUCUGUUUUGUACUUUGUUAUUUCUUGCUCACCUGCAAAACAAACAUCUCCAUGCAAUGCUCUCUGGUAACAGAACAACCUGAACUGUCUUGCCUGGACUGAAUCUGGGCAAGGGCUGGGCUGUUCAGGCUGCAGGAUAUCUCCCAUCUGUGCUCAGCCACCAGCCAGCAGCUCGUUGUCAGCCCUUUGCUCUUGGCCACUGCUGAGACCCAGCUGAAGCCCCCGGUCCCAGCUGAUGAAGCUGUUUGGUUCCAGUGUGAUUCUCAAAGAGUAGCUAUUAAUAAUUGAAGUGUUUGAUAUACCAGGUUCAUGCUUUGCUUCCUUUCACACACUUCUUGUUCGAGCCUGU